CCCUAGGUCUCCACUCGCCAGGCACGCAGGUCGAUCCCUGAAGGGCCGCUCGCGCCUCCGCCCCGCCCAGGCAGCACUAGCGGCACCCCGAGCGGGAAGCCCCACCCGGUCCCGCCCCGAGAGCAAAGGGCGCUGCCCAAAGCGGGGCAGGUCUAGCGGUUGGCCUGUGUGAAGUCGCGCGGCUCCCACCCACGCAGUGUUGUGAGUGAAGCCCGGAAAGUUGAUCGCCAUGUCGUCUGCAGAGGCGGGGGUUGUUUUCCACAGAGCCCGGAGCAGGACCCUGGACGCGUUUCCCGCAGAAAAGGAAGGGGAAUGGAAAGGCCCAUUCUACUUCAUUCUGGGCACAGACCCACAGUUUGGGCUGAUGAAGGCCUGGUCGACUGGGGACUGUGACAAUGGUGGUGACGAAUGGGGACAGGAGAUCCGUCUAACUGAGCAAGCUGUCCAGGCCAUCAACAAGCUGAACCCCAAACCCAAAUUCUUCGUUCUGUGCGGCGACCUCAUCCACGCCAUGCCCGGGAAGCCAUGGCGGAAGGAGCAGACCGAGGACCUGCAGCGAGUGCUCAGGACCGUGGACAGGGCCAUCCCACUGGUCCUCGUCAGCGGCAAUCAUGACAUUGGCAAUGUCCCCACAGCCGAGACCGUUGAGGAGUUCUGCCAGACUUGGGGAGAUGACUACUUUAGCUUCUGGGUCGGAGGUGUGCUGUUCCUGGUCCUCAACUCCCAGUUCUACGAGAACCCCUCCAAAUGCCCUGGCCUGAAGCAGGCACAAGACCAGUGGCUGGAUGAACAGCUGAGCACCGCGAGGCAGCAGAACUGCCAGCACGCCAUCGUCUUCCAGCACAUCCCUCUGUUCCUGGAGAGCAUCGACGAGGAUGACGACUGCUACUUCAACCUCAGCAAGCCCGCUCGGAAGAGGUUGGCAGACAAGUUCAUCCACGCAGGUGUCAAAGCCGUGUUCUCAGGCCACUACCACAGGAAUGCUGGGGGCAGCUACCAGAACCUCGACAUGGUGGUGUCAUCUGCCAUCGGCUGCCAGCUGGGCCUAGACCCCCACGGGCUCCGAGUCGUGGUGGUCACUGCCGACAAAAUUGUUCACCGAUACUACAGUCUGGAUGAGCUGAGUGAGAAAGGAAUAGAAGACGAUCUCAUGGAUUUGAUAAAGAAAAAAUGACGGUCUUUACUGUUUGGUUCACUUUUUACUUGCACUCUUUUUUUUAUUUUCUGCCAGAAACAGCAGCUGCACACAACCCCUUGCUGAAAUACAAAAAUAGCCCAGGCAGGUUUGUGAAUUUAUGUCCUUCUGCAUAAAUCAGAGAGCUGGUGCCCUAUCCUGAAUUAUAUUCAAAAUAGAACUGCAUUUCCUUUAAAAUGGAGCAAGAGAGCCUGGAAAUAGGUUUUAAAAAUGAUAUUAGACUAUGUCUGCAUGGAUGUUUGAAUAAAUUCUCCUAAUUCUGUGUUUCUCAACUCCACAUUUGAAUGGAAUUGUUUUCUGGUUGGCAUACGAUCAAAGCCUGCCUAUCAACCUCAAUUGCUAUCAGAUAUCCAAGUAUGAUUUUUGAUAAUUCCUUAAACAAACUAUACUUGAUUGUAUUACAUUGUGAUUAUGAUUCCCAAAAUGUUGGGCAAAACAAACUUCAUCUCCUUUCCUUCCCAGCAGAAUGAACAGCUGUAUUCCUUGUUACGAGAGCCAUGCAGACUUAGGUAAACAAGGAGCCACAUAGCCACCUUUUGCUCUUAAAUUCUGAGACGUCUGUUACUGCUCAUGAUAGGAACAGAAUGCAGUUGAUAUAGCUCAGAGCUUAAAUUUGCCUUCCUGGGUGCCUAGGAAAGUCACCUUUGCACAUAAAUUGGCCAUUUAUGAAAAUCUCAUCCCUAGAGACUGAAACCACAGCUCUAAAACGCCCCUUCUCUAGUCGCUGGGCAGCACAUUUCGAAUUUGUUCACAUCCACAUUCUGGCUCUGUAGCCACUUUGCAGAUGGUCGGUCUCAUGGGAUCAGAAUCCCCCUUCGUUUAUGAGACUCUUAAUUGUGUCCACUUUGACAGAAAAAGUGGAAAUGUAUGCUGAGCUCUCAGAAGAAACAAAGCAGUUUAGGUCUUCGUGGAGAAAAAGAAAAGAACAAGAAGAAACAAAGCAGAAAUUCUAGUGGGACUACAACAGUGCUUUCAGCCACAUUCUCUAAAUCGGCCCUGAUUUUGAUUAAAUGUACUAAUGCAAUAUCCCUUGACAGAAGAGCGUAGGUCAUUUCAAAUCAGCAUCGUUUUGAUGUAACCUGUUUUACUGCACCUUCCCAGAAGCUCCUGACCACUGCUCAAUUUUCUCUUUUACAGCCAUUGUUCUGGUGGACAAAUAACCUAGGUACUAGGGACUCCAAAUCCUGGCAGAGAAAACGUACAGGGUUACGAAACAGCACUCAGUGGGCACUUAGUAAUGCUAAAAUGACUUCCAAAGCUGGUUACCCAUCAACUGCAAAGUCCAUUAAAUUAAAAGACUUUCUUGUUACAAAGUUUUAGUCAAUGUAGCAAAACCAUGGGAAAUUAAAUAGAUAAUUAAAUAUGUAAAUUCAUAAGGAACAAAAGACAAGAAGUUAAUUAUGGGAUAGAUUGGCGAUGCCAUAGUUCAUUGUUAUGUAGCACGAGAAAAUUAAAAAUUUUUUUCAACUA